AUGUCUAGUAGUCAUAAUAGCACGCCACGUUCAACACAUCAUCAUCAUGAAUCAAAAUCUUUACAUCAUCCAUUGUCUCUAUCAAACAGCCAUUCGAUUCCUGUUACUCGUUCGACCAUUGACGAUUUUCGUGAAAUAAUACGCGAACAAUCAUUUAUUAUUUCGAAUAAUUCAUCAUCAGAUUCCGAUCAUUUUGAUGUACCCGUAAAAAAAUAUCCUCCACUACCCGAUAUUGCAGUGCCUAGUCCUAGUACAACAAGUAACACUUUUUUUCGUACAGAAGCUAUUCUAACAAUACCAAAACAAAGUCAACCGAAAAAGCAAAUGUUUUAUCAUUUUGCGCCAACACAACGAGGACAUUUACCAUCACUUAAUAAACGUCAUAUUUUACCAAUGAUGGCCAAUGUUAUGGAUCUUGACGAAGAUUUACCUCAAUGUCAUACAACUAUAGCACAUAGAGCAGCAACAUAUACAUCGCCGGGUGAUCGUGUUAUAUCACCAAUAAAACGGCCAUCGGCUCCAUCACCUCCAACAAGUGCACAAAUAAAACGACCAGGUCAAAAUGCAUUUGCCUACGGAGAUGAAGACCAAGACGAGGAAGACGAAGAAGACGAAGAAAAUUGUUCGAUAAUAGAUGAUGAAGAUAGUCAAUUGUUUAAUGAACGUUUCUAUCGUUAUAAUGGCCAACCAAUUACAAUGAUCAAUCAUCGUAUUGAUCAUUAUGGUAAUUCUAAUCGUUAUAUGAAUAUGAAUGAUAGACAAAAUACAAUUAUAAUCAAUGAUGGUCAUGAUGGAGCUGCUCAUCCGCUUGAUUCAGUUGAAUUUGAACCAUGA